AUGACAACAUCUGUAAAACGCCGUGUCUUCACCGAGCGCGAAGACGUGCUUCUGCUGACCCAAGUCAGUGCCGAAAUGCCAUUCCUGGCCCGCCGCGGCAAGAUAAUGGACGUAUGGGACUCUGUCGCACGCAACCUGGCCACCAUUGGCGAGUUUGACCGUCCCCAAUUCGACGGAAAGAAGGCGCAAGCCCGAUUCCUUAUACUCUUGCGGGACCAUCGCGACAACAGCAACGCAUCUCGACAUGCCUCGGGCGCGGCCGAGAAUGUCACAGAAAAGACAAUCCUGUUGGAUAAUCUUUGCAACCAAGUUGACGAAGCCAAACAAGAAGAGGGCCGCCGAAUGACCCAGUAA